UUAAGUCACCCAUUAUUUACGAGUGUGAAGCAAAGUAUUGAGAAAAUGCACAUAUGUUCAUGUCUUAAACUGUGGUAAACAUGUGCAAAGUGUUGUUGAGACAGAGGAAUAACGGCGUGAACAAGAAUCGUACAAGUCCGAUAGACAAAUACUAACCCUAAUGGCACACAAGGUGAAACUGAGAUUAUUACUUACGGGUUACUUGACUACUGAAUGAGUUGAGUGGAAGUUCACAAUCACUAAAACAUUUUCUGUUCUUCAAAGCAAAGUUUGAAGUGUUACAUGAAGCAUUUCUAGCAUACGGCUUGACCUUAUAUAAUGCUUCGCCGCAGUGACGAUUCGAGUUCUUGAAAUGAUAUAGGUCCAUAGAUCAUUUCCUGAAGUGCCAGCUCAUCAAGUUCCAUGACAUACUGGCAUACUCAUGGCCCCCAAAAAGAAACCAGGGCAACAGUCCUCUAAAAAGAAGUCAUCACCUAAGAAGCCUGGAGUUAUCUCUCCGCGGCAUUCUCCAAGAUCCCCGCAGAUUAGAAGAAAGUUGCCCAAAAGGUCCCUCCCUUUUGCAUCACCUAAGCCAACAGUACCAACCAAAAAAAAGAGUCCAGAUGUGGAGAAAACACCAGCAAGGAAUGUUAAAAGACAGUCAAGUGGUGGCACAAGCCAGGAUUCUAGUUCAACACCAACCACGCCAAGGUCAGCUGGGAGAUAUGAGCUGAGAAAUGUAACACCCACCAAUUAUUCAGCCGUAAGAAGGCGUACAUCAAUGUUUACGCCAGGGAGGGCAACUUUGAAAACUCCUUCCAGAACACCUUUUAGAACCCCCAAAAUAAAAUCAUUUGGUGUAAAACCUCCACCUGAUAUUGCUCGAGCUUCUAGAUUACAUAAACAAGAUGUUAUAUUAUGGAAGGAUCAGUUAAAAUUGCUCAUCAACAGGCAGCUCAGUAUAUGCAAUCUGAGCAGUGUACAUAAUUUUAGAUAUAAUUUCAAGAAUCUGCGGAAGCAGUAUGAGGGUACUCUUAAAAGGAUGAUCGAGGAUGUGUUUGCCUCUUCAAUGCUUACUGUAACCCUUAGUACCACUUCUUUCUUUUCACUUGUACCUAAUGUUGUUGAUGCCAUAUAUAUUCAAGUUAAUUCACUGGUACCUGGAAACACUGUUGAGGAGGAUAAAAUGAUGAUUGUGUAUAGUUGCUGGCUUUUCAAGACGUCGCACACACAGAGUAAAAAUAUUCCUGGUGUUGAAUGGUUUCCUGUUAUGCUUUACACUGGUAGAAAUUUAAUUCAUAAUGUUGUAGUUGACUGGUUGCAAGGCUCUUUUGACUGCUAUGUCACCAGGAGACAGCUUAGACAAACUGAUAUGAUGUGGAUAGCAGGGGUAUGGAGUGGAAGAAAGUGUUUCACAAAUGCUCACCAAAGUGGGGAAGGGAAUUCAAUAGAUUUUAUCUAUCAUGUAAGGCACCCUGAUGGCACAAGUAACUACCCAGUACCUAAUUCAAGAAGCAGAUUGAAGGUGGUUAUGAAACUGAACAUGGAGGAUGUUCAUCAUAUAUGGGAUGCUAUUGUUGACAGCAGUCGUGGUGAAAUGAGUGUUGAAGAAUUACAGCUAUUCUUUAAUACAAUAGGUGAUUGUGCACAACAGUUGACAUUCCUUCCAGCUGAGCUUCUUCAGCUGCAGCAACUUAGUACCCCUUGUUUAAGUAUCACUUCUGCUGGUAAGGUUAAACUGACUUGUGUGAGAAGUGCAUCAAUUGUGGUAAAUCACCUGAUAGACAUAUUUAUCCAGACUAUGAACUGCACUGCUCUUGAGGAUUGUUUAAUAAAAGCAGAUGAAGAAGAUGAAAAUGAGACAAGUGUGUUUUUGACAGAUGAUGAAGACAAGGAAGAAGCUAGUGUGAAAGAUGUGUAAAUAGAAAGCUUAGUUUAAGUUUCUUAACUGUCAUUAUUUGUUUUAUUUCUAUGUGUACAUAACAUAAUCUCUUCCAUCUGCUGUUGAAGACAUAUUAAAUAGGCUUUUAGAUAAUGUUUAAAUAGGACUGCCUAUUAAAUAGGGUUGCUAUUUUAUGAAGAAUUUGCCGUACUUUAAUUUUCACAGAUAAACACAUGUGAAAGUGCUAAACUUAUUAUGCAACUGAUUCAAUUGUUGUAAAAUGGUUGAAAAUUAUUAAGGACUCUCUUAACAUUUGCAGUUCAUGUGAAGCAUGUUUGUUAUCCACUUGUCUGUAUGAUUGAAUGAGGUAUCUGUUUGUUCAAGUUAUAUUCUUAAUGUCUAGGAUUAACUUAGGUAGUUUUUGUGACCAAUAGGCUUGUGUAGCUUGUUGAUAUGUGCAACAGAAUCUCCUGACAAUUUGAAAUGGAUGUGAAUAAUGAACUUAAAUGAACUCAUAUGGUAAGUACUGUUACAAAAGCAUAUUGCAUCAGAAGUCAUCUUACUUUUUCUUGGAUCUUAACUUGAUGCCUCUGUAAUCCAAGUGGGUAUGUUUUUAGCAAUGUCACGAAUAUUUUGAUUUAAAGCUUUUCCCAUAUAUGUUAAUCAUAUUGUAAUAGUUGGUAAUUGAUAUGGUUAAAAGCUAUUGUCCUUUUUUUUCUUAUUCUUUUCUUUUUUUCUUAAUAAGCUCAUGCAUUCAAGUUUGCAUUUUAUUUUUCUAAUGAUGAAGUAGAAUGUACAGAGUGAAUUUGAUCUGUAUAGAUCUCAACUAGCUACUAAAGAUAUGCUGUUCAGAGUCAGUUGGAUUUCAUGGGAAGGUUCAUGUAGCCUCCGUUGCUUUGCUUUUAUGUAGCACAUUAUUUGAUAAUUUCCUUCAGAAUUUUUUUUGUUGUCUUGUAUACACUUCACUUAAGGAUCAAAUUACAGGGAAAAAGAUUGUUGAUUAACAUGGUCCAAUCUCCUUUUUGCAUAUGAUAAUUUGCUUACUAAGUUUAAAGUUACCCAUUUUAAAAGCAUAGGCCAACUAAAGUAGAAAAGUUAUAAAGGAGUAUGAGUAACUUCCUAGAGCUAAAGAUUAAUUGAAUUUGAUGUAUCUUCAUCAAUAUUAUGUGUAAUUUUGAUGAAGAUAUGGCAUGAAAAUGUAUUACUUACAUCUCAUGUUUUUACUUUAUUUUCUCUCUCUCUCUCUCUCUCUCUCUCUCUCUCUCUCUCUCUCUCUCUCUCUCUCUCUCUCUCUCUCUCUCUCUCUCUCUCUCUCUCUCUCUCUCUCUCUCAUUUAUCUACCAGUUGGCAUAGAAGUUAGAUGAUCAGCAAUUUUUCUUUAUAUUUAUUUGUAAUUAUUAUUAACAUAAGCCUUGUAUCUUUUAUAUUGUGCUACAUAUGCUUGGCAUUGCUUAGAAAAUAUAUCACUUAUGUGUCUUUGGUUAGAAAUGAAAAUUACAGAAUGUUUUUUUUUUUUUAUCAUAUCAGUCCUAAAACAAAUUAGUAAUGUUGUAGAAUCAAACCAUACACUUGUUUCCAAAUCUUUGAUUGCAUAUCCUUGGAAGACUGGUUAGACCUUGUUGUUAAUGAACCAGGUUUAUUAUUUAUCUCAGCUGUUUUUCAUGACUGUGUUAUUGUUUUGCAAGGAUAGUAUAGAUAAUUUUUUUAAGCACAUUUUCUUCUGUAAUGUUUGAUUUUGAAGUGCCUGUGUUUACAGAGCUGUGUUCCUUUAGGAUUCAGAAACUUUUAUAUACCUUAAUUUUACAAAUAUGUACAGUUUUGGAGGCUUUAAGUUUUUAUAAGGAUAAAUAGUUUUGUAAGAUAAGUUAUGAUUUGUUUUAUGAUUAUUAUCAUCAUCCUCACUUGCAUCAUCAUUAUCACUAUCAUCAUCUUCAUUAUCAUCCACAUCAUCGCUAUUUUCUAAGAUUGAACUGCAUUUUUUAUUUUGUUCUUAUACUUGUCUCUAGAAUCUAGAACUCUAGAAUGCUCAUGAAUAAUAAAGAUUUCUGACAAUCCA